CUGGGCGAGGCGGCGCCGGCGAUCAGAGCAGCGCUGGGCGUUUAGGGGCCAAGAUGGCGGCGCGCCGGGGACGGAGAGACGGAGUCGCGCCGCCCCCGAGUGGGGGCCCGGGUCCGGACCCGGGCGGGAGAGUCCGAGGCAGCGGUUGGGGUAGUCGGAGCCAAGCGCCGUAUGGGACUGUGGGCUCUGUGAGCGGCGGGGGGCAGGUGCUGCUGCAUGAGCAGGGGGAUGAUUCUGGUUUUGUGAGUCUGUCUCGGCUGGGCCCCUCUCUGCGGGACAAGGACCUAGAAAUGGAGGAGCUGAUGCUGCAGGAUGAGACGUUGCUGGGGACCAUGCAGAGCUACAUGGAUGCCUCCCUCAUCUCACUCAUUGAAGAUUUUGGGAGCCUUGGAGAGAGCAGGUUAUCUCUGGAGGACCAGAAUGAAGUGUCGCUGCUCACAGCUCUGACGGAGAUCUUGGACAAUGCAGAUUCUGAGAACCUCUCUCCGUUUGACAGCAUCCCUGAUUCGGAGCUGCUUGUGUCACCUCGGGAAGGCUCAUCUCUGCACAAACUGCUCAGUCUUUCUCGGACACCCCCAGACCGUGACCUCAUCACCCCGGUUGACCCACUGGGGCCCAGCACAGGCAGUGCUAGACAGGUUGAGAUGUCUCUCGCGGAUCCCCCUUGGGACUUCUCCCCACCAUCCUUCUUGGAGACAUCUUCCCCUCGUCUUCCUAGCUGGAGACCCUCAAGAUCAAGACCACGCUGGGGUCAAUCCCCUCCUCCCCAGCAGCGCAGUGAUGGAGAAGAGGAGGAGGAGGCAGCCAACUUUAGCGGCCAGAUGCUGGCUGGGGAUCUUGACAGCUCUGUGAGCAGCAUCUCAGACUUCCCUAUGCACCUGUCCUCCCCCGAGGAGGAAGAUAAGGUACCAGCAGCAGUGACGUCCGUUCCAGCAGCUGGCGAUGAGAGCAUCUCCUCCCUGAGCGAACUGGUGCGGGCCAUGCACCCGUACUGCCUGCCCAAUCUUGCUCACCUAGCAUCACUUGAGGAGGAGCUUCAGGAGCAGCCAGAUGAUCUGACACUGCCUGAUGGUUGUGUGGUGCUGGAGAUUGUGGGCCAGGCGGCCACAGCAGGUGAUGACCUGGAGAUCCCAGUUGUGGUGCGGCAGAUCCCUACUGGACCUCAGCCUGUGCUCCUGGGUGACUCACUAGAGGCUAGUCCUGCCUUGCAGUUGCUCAUGCCCACGCUGGAGUCAGAGAGGGAGGAAGCUGUGCCCAAGAUAGCCCUCUGCCCUGAGAAGGAGGGAUUGCCAUUGGACUCGGAAGAAAACCUGGACUCGGCCUGCUUAUUGGACCCCAGCAAGGGCACAAAGUCAGUGAUGCCCAAGGAGCCUCAGAACCCACCUAGGAAUGCAGUGCUGGGAUCCCAGAAAGCUCGAAAGGGUAGGAAGAAGAAGAACCAAGAGGAAAGCUAUGCCAGGAGGCUGAGGUCAUCUUCUCGUGGGCAGUCUACCAUGGAUACAGAAGUGACCCAGUGCCAGUCAGCCUCUCAGACAGGCAACUUGCAGAAACAGCCUCAGGAGGAAUUUCAAAGAGAGGUCAGGCCUCCCCCGGGUAGGGGGAAGCCCCGGGCCUGGGUUCGGGCUUGGGCAGCUGCCUUGGAAAAGCCUAGCUCUGGGAAUUUGGAGCAAAGUGCUAGACAAGGUAGUCCUACUAAAGAAGAUCCUCUAGAUCUUUACCCCAAGCUGGUUGACAAUAUCCAAGCCAACACCGCUCCAGCCCAUCUCUCAUUGGCUGACACUGCUGCAGCCAGCACCAUGCCAGUUGACCCUGUUGAAGCUGACCCUGCUGCGGUUGAUCCUGUUUCUGCUGACCCUGUGCCUGGUGACCCUGUGUUGGUUGACCUUGCUUCAGACAGCUCAGAGCUGGUUGACACUCUUCCAGCUAAGCCAGUGCUGAUGGCCCCACUCCUGGGUGAUUCGGCAGCCAUCGAACCUGCAGUGGUUGUUCCCAUCUCAAAUAACUUGGCACCCGUUGACACUGUCCCGGUUGACCCAGUGCCAGUUGACCAUGUAUCUGACGACUUGGCUCCAGUUGAGCCCGUGCUAGUUAAGUCCAGACCAACUGAUCCCAGACGUGCAGCGUCAUCAGCCCAGGGGAGUCCAGCUCCCCAGCUCCUGGAGUCAGAGUCCUUGGGCCCCUCAAAGGCUAUCGUACCUGAAGUCAAGGAGAUUGUGGGUUCUCUGAAGGUGGAACGUGGUACUAAUGUCACAACCCAGGAAGCCAGACCUCGGCCUCUUAGCUUAUCUGAGUACCGGCGACGAAGGCAGCAACGCCAAGCAGAGGCAGAAGAGAGGAGUUCCCAGCCUCCAGCUGGGAAGUGGCCCAGCCUCCCAGAGACCCCGAAAGAGCUGGCCGACAUCCCUUGCCUUGUUAUUCCACCAGCCCUAGACAAGAAGACAACUCUACAGAAAAGCCAUGAAGCUCCUCCUGAAGCUUGCUGUGUGCCUGUGGGUCCUAGCCCUGUCUCUCCUAGUCCUGAGCCACCUGCAAACAAACCUAAAGCUUUGACACCUGAGCAGGUGCCAUCCCAAGAGAUGCCACUGCCAGCAAAACCUCCCCCUCCUGUGCAGUCCACAUCCCCUGUUGGGCCCAUGCCUCCUACAAUGCCCACACCUUUGCCUUUUCCCCCAGGAGGGCCGGCCAUUCCCUCCAUACUGCCCCUUUCUUCAAGUGGUCAAGGGGUUCCCAGUCUGCCCCAACCUCCUUUGCAGCCUCCUAGUCUUCCAGUGUCUAUGGGGCCAGUACCACCAGAUCCGUAUACUCACUAUGCCCCUGUCCCACCCUGGCCUUGUUAUCCCCCUGUGUCUCCUUCUGGCUAUCCUUGCCUGCCCCCUCCUCCAACUGUGCCCCUCGUGUCUGGUACUCCUGGCUCCUAUGCUUGCAAUGUGCCUUGGGUACCCCCUCCUGCCCCAGUCUCACCUUACAGCUCCAACUGUACCUAUGGGCCCUUGGGGUGGGGCCCAGGGCCACAGCAUCCUCCAUUCUGGCCUACUGUUCCCCCACCACCUUUGCCACCAGCCUCUGUUGGGAGAGCUCUUCCCCAAUCCAAGACGGAGCCUAGUGGCCUUACAGCUGGCCCUCCUGAAAAUGUACUUCCUUUGCCAGUGGCUCCUCCUCUUAGUCUUGGGCCAGCUGGCCAUGGAGCUCCACAGAUAGAGCCCACCAAGGUGGAGGUCAAACCAGUGCCUGCAUCUCACCAUCUGAAACACAAGGCCUCCUCCCCAGUGCAGAACCCCCAGAUCAAGGCUCCACCAUGUCUGUCUGCUGAGGGUGUAGGUGUUGAGGAGCCUGCCUCAGAGAGGUUAAAGCCUGAGACCCAGGAGACCAGGCCCAGGGAGAAGCCCCUGUCUCCUGCUACAAAGGCUGCUUCCACAGUAAGGCAGAGCAUUGUCCCCAAGCUACCUGCUAUUCACCCAGCCCGACUAAGGAAGCUGUCCUUCCUGCCUGCCCCACGUACCCAGGGUCCUGAAGAUGUGGUACAGGCUUUCAUCAGUGAGAUUGGAAUUGAAGCAUCGGACCUGUCCAGUCUGCUGGAGCAGUUUGAAAAGUCAGAAGCCAAAAAGGAGUGUCCUCCUCCGGCCCCUGCUGACAGCUUGGCUGUAGGAAACUCAGGCAGCGUUGAUACUCCCCAGGAGAAGAGGCCCCUAGACCGGUUACAAGCCCCUGAGCUGGCCAACGUGGCAGGGCUCACCCCUCCAGCCACCCCUCCCCACCAGUUAUGGAAGCCCCUGGCUGCUGUCUCACUGCUGGCCAAAGCCAAAUCUCCUAAGUCCACCGCCCAGGAGGGAACCCUGAAGCCUGAAGGAGUUACAGAGGCCAAACAUCCAACUGCAGCCCGCCUCCAAGAAGGGGUCCAUGGCCCUAAUCCAGUCCAUGUGGGCUCUGGGGACCAUGACUAUUGUGUCCGGAGCAGGACCCCCCCAAAAAAGAUGCCUGCCCUAGUCAUUCCAGAGGUGGGCUCCCGCUGGAACGUCAAGCGCCAUCAGGACAUCACCAUCAAACCUGUUUUGUCCCUGGGCUCAGCCGCCCCUCUUCCCCCAUAUACAGCUGCCUCCCAGGAGCCACUUGAUCACAGGACUAGCGAUGAGCAGGCAGACCCCGCAGCUCCUUGCCUUGCCCCAUCCACCUUGCUGUCCCCUGAAGCCUCGCCCUGCCAUAAUGACAUGAACACUAGGCUCCCCUCUGAGCCCUCAGCCAAGCAGCGGUCAAUGCGCUGUUACCGAAAAGCCUGCAGGUCAGCCAGCCCCCCAAGCCGGGGCUGGCAAGGCCACCGUGGCCGCAGCAGCCGUUCUGUCAGCUCUGGGUCCAACCGGACCAGCGAAGCAUCUUCCUCAUCCUCAUCGUCGUCUUCCUCAUCCCGAUCCCGGUCCAGGUCCCUCUCCCCCCCACACAAGAGGUGGCGAAGGUCUAGCUGCAGUUCUUCUGGACGUUCCCGAAGAUGCUCUUCCUCGUCUUCAUCAUCUUCCUCCUCGUCUUCCUCAUCUUCAUCAUCCAGUUCAAGAAGCCGUUCUCGCUCCCCCUCCCCCCGCCGGAGAAGUGACAGGAGGCGGCGGUACAGCUCUUACCGUACACAUGAUCAUUACCAAAGGCAGAGAGUGCUGCAGAAGGAGCGUGCAAUAGAAGAGAGAAGGGUGGUCUUCAUUGGGAAGAUACCUGGUCGCAUGACUCGGUCAGAACUGAAACAGAGGUUCUCUGUUUUUGGAGAGAUUGAGGAGUGUACCAUCCACUUCCGUGUCCAAGGUGACAACUAUGGCUUCGUCACUUACCGCUAUGCUGAGGAGGCAUUUGCAGCCAUUGAGAGUGGCCACAAGCUGCGGCAGGCAGAUGAGCAGCCCUUUGAUCUUUGCUUUGGAGGCCGCAGGCAGUUCUGCAAGAGGAGCUAUUCUGAUCUUGACUCCAACCGGGAAGACUUUGAUCCUGCUCCUGUAAAGAGCAAAUUUGAUUCUCUUGACUUUGACACAUUGUUGAAACAGGCCCAGAAGAACCUCCGGAGGUAACCUUGGGCCCACCCCACCCCCUUCCUUUGGAGGUGCCCAACCUCCCCCACCCCCCUCCCCCACAAUAGGGGAGAGAGCUGCUAGUGAGAAGAUGACUGUUUUAUAAAGAAAUGGAAAAAAGUGAAAUAAAAAAUGUGUUAAAUCAGAUUUUUUAAAGGGGUAUUUUUUUUAUAAUAGGUAUUGAAACAAGUUAACUUGCAUUGCUAUGUAAGAUGGUUUGGGCUGAGGGUUCUCCGGGUGUUUGGAACAUCUAAGUUACUAUGCAUACUAAUAAACACAAACUA